AUGUCGCUUGGUACUGGUGUCGGUGAUAUACUGGCGUGUGCAAGUCUUGCUUAUAAGCUUUAUCAGGAGCUGUCCAAAGUACAUGGCUUCUCUAGAGAGUACCGGACUUUGUCUUCACGGCUUCUCACUGUCCAUAAAGCCCUACUUCAAGUGGAACAACUCAGGGCGGCGAAUCAUUUGACUCAAUCAACCUUGAAUGCCAUUCGUUUCUUGGCGACCAGGAUGGGUGAGGCCAUCAAUGGCCUCUUACGGAUGGCUUGCUACUCCAAUUCUGAUGAUGAUGCUUGGAAAAGUGCGAGUGUCACUCCAAGAUGGAUCGAUGAGAAGUCUGAAUUCCCGGAUGUCAGACUCAGCGCAAUGAUCACGGGAAGGGAUACAUGUUGUGCAAGACCUAAUUUUGAAAAGGUCACCCAUCCUAAUGACUUCUUCCGACAUGGGCGGGUGUUUACCGUGGUUAUACGAGGUAUAUCGACAGCCACAGGAGAUGAAGACAUUAAUUGCACACAUCUCCCUCUGGAAUGGCUUCUAUUGGACUCUAUACUAGACCCGUGUGAGCGCGAGAAAGAACGACUUACUCGACAGAUGAAGAAUUACGAGGUUAUUAUAGAGCUUCCCUUGCCAGCAAUGCUUCAAUAUGGCGACGUUCAAGAGAAUGGACAAGUUCAAUGUCAUUUGUGCACUGGUGACAUUCGAUUUCCAAAGAACUUCUGGCUUGACAGACACUUCAGGAUAUAUCAUCAUGAGACGUUUAGAAAGCUGCAUGAUGUAUCGAUACUUGAGGAAAAGAAAGGUUAUAUAUAUCUAGAUGAGAUGAGCACUGAUCGCCCUAUUCUGUCCGAGUCAGAAAUCGAAGAAAUGAUUUCCAACGAAUAUAAGCUUCCCACCUGGAAAAUGGACCCCUGGGUAGGAGUCAUCACCAUCCGCCGAUUCGUGGUUGCCCAGCAGGGUACUAAAUCCUGCCUUUGUCUGGGAAUACAUACUUACUCAGGAAGAGGGUUUUCCGAUCAACCUGAUCAGGAGCUAUAUGCUAUCCUCCACUCAUCGAAGCACAUUCCUGGCCUCUUGCCAGGGGAAACAAGGAUGGAUAUCCAGCCUAUACGCCUGAAACUUGAGCAGCUAUCAACAGUAUUGCCCAGCGCCGCCCGCAUUCACUUCGGCCGCGUCUAUGAGAUCAAGCAUGAUGUGGAAUUGAACAAUGUUGGUUUGGUCCAUGGCUCAUCCAUGGAUAUACUGUCGUCACAAUUCGAAUCCCAUUGUCCGAUAGAUACUCCGAAUGGGCUACGAGCUUCGCCGGACAAGGAUCAAGCAGGUACCUCUGCAGGUGGUACGGUCACACAGACUGAUGUCAAGAUUGAGAAAUGA